CAUCCUGUUUCUGUGUGUCACGAUGCCAACGAGACUGCUUCUGCUCCUCUGUCUGACAGGACAUGUGUUUGCCAGAGAACCACCUGACGUAGACUGUUUGGUGGUGCAUCUGAAAUAUGUCCACUGUUCCUGGGAUAAACAGGGGACCCCGGAAGUCAAUUACACCUUCUACGGCUGGUUCCACACUGAAAAAAGUAAAGAAUUUAUUGAGUGCCUCACCUAUUUGUCCGAGAACAACGUGAACACUGGAUGUAACCUGCCCUUCAAGGACUCCCAGAGGUUCAGCAGAUUUAACACCAAACUGGUACAUGGCAACCAGACAUCUCAGAAGGAGUAUGAUCUCAAAACAAAAGUCAAGUUAAAUCCACCAACGAGCGUGACAGUCAGGAACGGAUCCGACUCCAACCUGUGGCUCAAGUGGAGUCAGAUAAAGUCCAGUUGUGUGGAGAGUGAGGUUCGCUACAGGGUCAACAACAGGAAGUGGGCGACGUAUCAUGUCCGUAUUGGGGAGCAGAAUUACUGCGUCAACUUGCCCUCCAGCAGUUCCCGGUAUGAGCUGCAAGUGAGGAGCCGACUGGGGGAAGAAUGUGGACUGUCUAUCUUCUGGAGUAACUGGAGCGAGCCCGUGUUCUGGGGAUCCAACAACAGCACAGACACCAAUCAGAUGGCCAGUUCCACGUCCGUGUGGACCACAGUGCUGUACGUGGUGGGCGCGUUCAUCCUCAUGCUCCUGGUCAUGAUGCUGCUGCACCAUGAGAGGAUCAGAAUCAUCUUCAUCCCUGUGGUUCCCAAGCCGUCCCCCAACCUUCACAACAUCGAGGAUUGGUUUCAAUUCCCCAAAGGCCACAAAGAGAGUUUUAACUACAAUGAGCGUCCCUGUCUUGUCCGUGAGUACUGCCAUGUCUCCCAGUCCGACGGCGAGGAUUGCUCUGCCUUCAGCCCUGAGAACGAAUCGGACCUGUCCACCUCCUGCUCCUCCUCCUCCUCCUCCUCCUCCUCCUCCUCCAACAGCUCGACUGAGGAGGAGAUGGUUUCUGUUUAGGAGAUCAGAACAUUGGUAAAGGAUGUUUUGUUCCCCUCACAAGAUGAAACCGAAUAUCUGUUUGAGGAACUUAAGCAUAUAUUUUUCGUUUAAAAAGUCGCAUUACGAUGCCUGAUCAGAUUAGUUUAUAUUACCACAAAUAAAAGACUCUGAACCACUUCAUUUAUAUCUUAUAGCUUCAGGGUGUACAUUUAUAUCAAGUACUUGUCAAAAACUUUGAGGCGACAGCAAGAGAGUUUUCUCUUUCCUCAUUAGUGGUCUGUGCAUUUCACCUCACAUAUCACAAAAAACGGCCUUGAGAGCUUCUACUUCCUCUAAUCCUUUAUAAGCCCUGAUUUAUGACAGUCAGUAAAAGUUGUAAAAACGUUGGCGCAUUUAUUCCUAAAACAUCAACUUUAUUAUUAGACAAAUAUUCCAGAUGACUGAACUUAAUCAGUGUCAUUUUUGUACCAUGUAAAAACAAAAACCCAGCUCCACCAUGAGGAUAACAUGAAUGUAACUUCAGUAGAGGAGAAGGAAAAACAGCCACACUAACACUCAUUAAAUGAGCUGCAUGAAAGUAAAUAACUCAUUAUACAUUAGAAAAGCCUCUAUGUAGUAAAUGAUGACUCAUUAGAAAGUGGCAACACAUUAUAACAAGAUGGUCGCAUAGUAGGCUGAUAUAACAAAAGUUUCAAGCAAGUGGCAUCAGUUUUAUAUUCCUAUGAAUGUGUAUAUUACAUAUCUUAAUAUCUUUGAAUGUACUUUGAGUGUGGUUGAACGUGUUUGUACUUUGUACCCUGAGGUUGGAAUUAUAUGGUUUGUGUCCUUUGUGUAUGUUACGCAGGAUUUCUGUCAUGACCGGUUUUGUUCAAUAAAUAUAUCCUCGCAUGUC